UUCGAUCGCGUCGCUUGUGCCGGUUAGGUGUUUAAUUUGUUAAAAUGAACUUUAUUUCCGCGUCGAUAUGGACGCUCGAGAACCACUGUUUUAUUGUGUACACGAUGUUAUUGGUUUCUUUCGUGAUGUUUACUUUGUUUCAUAAGAAGAGGGUUGAGGCUCAGGCGGUGCGGCAUAAUGCCAAAAGAUUGGCGCUAAAUGGAGCAGGGACCGGGAGAGGGCGCGAACGCGACUUUCCCGAGGACGACCCGGACCCGAUCCUAACUUCAGCCAUUCCUGAAGACACACCCCACGUCCCGUACAAGCCGGUCCACCGCUCUGAUGAAGAGAUCCUGCAGCGGUCUAGGGAAUAUUACGAGCUGAUGGCCCAGCGGCGGUCCGUGAGGAUGUUCAGCACAGAGCCAGUUCCACAGGAGGUUCUUGAGAACAUCAUUAAGACUGCAGGCACCUCCCCAUCAGGAGCCCACACCGAACCCUGGACAAUCGUGGUCGUCCAAGACCCAGAAGUGAAGGAAGCCAUCCGCGAAAUCGUAGAAGAAGAAGAAGACCUCAACUACCGACAGAGGAUGUCCAAGCAAUGGACGACAGACUUGAAACCUUUCCGGACGAAGGCUGAAAAGCCAUAUUUGUCUGAUGCACCUGCGUUGCUGCUGGUUUUUCGGCAGACGCACUCUUGGAAAGAAGAUAAUACCAAGAGGAUGCAUUAUUAUAGUGAGAUCAGUGUGGCGAUAGCUGCUGGGAUUCUACUGGCUGCGAUACAGUACUGCGGCCUGGUAGCCCUGACGUCCACACCCUUAAACUGCAACGCGCGCCUGAAAGCACUGCUGUGCAGGCCGGGCAACGAGCGACUGGAACUGCUGCUGCCGGUCGGCAGGCCUCAUGAGGGCGCCACUGUGCCGGACCUGCAGCGGAAGACCCUGGAACAGAUCAUGGUCAAGAUAUGACUAGUCAUCAACUCUUUAAAGGCAAAAAAGGCUUAAGGAAACCCAUAGCACCAAGAUUUCUUGGUUUAACCCUUCCAGGUCCAGAUUGUAAGAAAUCAAUUCAAGCCUCAUAAUUGUAGCUACCAUUAUAGUAGCUAAAUUAAGUAAAAACCAAUAAUAUCAGACCAAAAUCUUUAAUAGUUGACGAGAUUUAAUGCCAAGAACCUUUGAAAGAGUCACAUAGCGCCAAGAACUCUUGGCAUAAACUAUCAAUAACCAUCAUGUUCUUAAAGCAUUUAUAUUUGCCACUUUGGUCUUAUGAUGUAGGUAUGAUUAUGAUCAAUAGCGGUCAAGAUUUAAGAAUCUCUACGAAUUUUGUAGAAUAACUGCCUACCUACCUUACCUACCUUUACCUUAGUACCUUUUACUGGAAACUUGCUUUCAAAUUAAGCUCAUUGCUUACCUGAUUCCACAGAUGAGAUGAUAGUGUCAUGUUGUCCACUGUACAUAAUUCUGUGUAAGGUAUACCCGGAUAAGACCGGAGACUUUAGGAGUAAUCUACACUCAAAGUUGAAUUACAUUUUUUCAAGACACCAAACCAAAUAACCUAACUACAAUGUGGCAAGUGGGGCGGGAUGAAAUAGCGUCACACAUCGUAUUGCUAGUAAUGCAAAAUAACUACUAUUUUAAAAGCAAUUGCGAUCAUACGAUCUUACCCUGCAUCCGAUCUUAUCCGGGUAUACCUUAUAGCUUCUCGAUCGUGAAUAAGAUGUCAAUCAAUUUGUUUUAUUGUGGCUGGUGACAAAGGUCAUAUUCUCAGUCUCAAUUGAUUUUGAAACUAUCUUACUAUCUUUAUAAAAAAGUGCUAAAGUAUCCUGAUAUAGUU